CUUCAGCGACGACGACGACGAAAGCCUGCGCGCCUGCGGUCUCGUCGCCACACUCAACUAUAAUCCACGAUGAGAGCACCCACGCUCAGGCCAUACCUGCGCCUCUUCGCGCCGAGCAUCCACCUUCCGGCCGCCGCCAGUCAGACGAGAUGCCUUCACAAGACCCGGCCGCCACCGUCAAUUCCCCAACCGCGGCCGUUUGUCCCCGAUGUUGAGACCUUCCUGACGCUCAUCGGCCGGGGCCUCAGCAAGCACGCCUCCAAGUUCCCCUCGUGGGAGUCGCUCUUCUCCCUCACAUCGCCGCAGCUCAAGGAGCUUGGCAUCGAGCCCCCGCGGAACCGGCGAUACCUUUUGCAGUGGAUGCAGCGAUACCGCAAGGGCGCGCUGGGCCCCGGCGGCGACUUCCAGUUCGUCAAGGACGGCGAAGCGCUGCUCAAGGUGGCCACGCCGCCGGCCGCGGUCAUCAGCGACGCCCGAUACGUGGUGAACGUGCCGCACCAGGCGGAGGAGGAGGCGGAACAGAAGCAGCAGCAGCCGGAGACGCUGCCGCGGCCGAUCGGGUACACGGUGCACGGUCUGCGGUCAAUAGCGGGGCCGUAUGCGACGCCGCUCCCGGGUCAGGCCGGGGCGGUGGUCAAGGUGACGGAGGGCAUGUGGGAGCAACGCCGGGGACGUAAGGUUGACGGCGGUGAGAGGCGGCAGGCCGAGGUGCGGUUCAAGAAGCGCUCUGCCGAGCGCAGGGCGGCGCGCGAGGCCGAGAUGCUGGCCAAGAUGUAGGGGCCGCUGGGGUGGGAUUUCGGUGACGUUUAUACUCCAGCGGCAUUCUGCUAUGUACUCUAGGCUGUAUACAUAUACAACGGCAAUCGUGUUGGCCUUGGGCUGGAUUUGCGUGUGGAGGUGGCUGUGUCCCGGCUUCGCAUGGACACUAUGCAGGUCGGGGCAGUGUCGGUGAUCAGCCUCCAGCAAGGAUGACAUUACACAGAUUAUCAGGCAGAUCCUGUUGACUGCACCACUGAGAGCCCACAUCUAAUACAAAAAAGCCACGGGA